AUGAGUUCAAUUCAAACACAUAAUUUACAACGUAUCACAGAAAUCCCAUUAUCUCAAAUAAGGAGACCAAUAAUGCCCGUCUUAGAUACACAAAAGAUUGAUGCCAUGGUCUCCACAAUGAAUGGUAUACCUAUGGCAAGUAAGACAUGUUCAUUAGAAUCAGCUCAAUCGAUGGAUGGUAAAUUACCACCAAUUGAUGUAAUGGUCGUACGUCAUAAUGAUGAAAAUUAUUAUUUUGCAUUUGGUGGAUGUCAUAGAUUUCAAGCUUACGAUCGUCAAGCCAAAGAUAAGGAUGAUUCAAAUUAUUUGGUUCGCUGUAAAUUGAUUCCUGCCACGGAACGUCAAUUGAAAAUGUACGUAGGUGGUAGUAUAGAUAACAUGUUCAAUUAG